AUUAAACAUAAAAAUCUCUUUCUCUCUCAAACGAUGGCGAUCUCACCGGUACUGUUCAUUGGUUUGAUUUGCCUUGCAGGCGGUGCCUCUCUUUUGCCGGCGGUCGAGGCGAUAUGGUUAUCUGUUCCAACAUCAGGAGUAAAAUGCGUCUACGAAGAGAUCCAAGCCGACGUCGUCGUUGUCCUCGAUUACAUGUGCAUCGACGAGGGUUUCACUCAACUUGGUCCAACAGUGGAUGUUCAGGUAACAUCUCCGUACGGGAAGGAACUGUACAAGACAGUAAACGUGACGUACGGUCAGGCUGCGUUUACAACGAAGGAGAGCGGAACAUUCCUAGCUUGUUUAUCAAUGCAUCACGACCAGACACAUCACUCACUCAAUAACUCUGUCAUCGUCAAUAUUGAUUGGAAGAUGGGUAUCAGAACCAAAGACUGGGAUUCUGUUGCUAAGAAAGAAAAGAUCGAGGGUGUGGAGCUUGCGGUUCGAAAGGCUACAGAAAUAGUGAGUGGUAUUAAGGCCAACAUACUCUAUUUAAGACUCAGGGAAGCAUAUAUGAGGGAUAUAAACGAGAAGACAAACAAGAGGGUAGCGCAUCUCAGCUUAAUGUCUCUAGGACUCGCUAUUGGCGUUUCAGUUAUUCAAGUUUGGCAUCUCAAACGCUACUUCCUCAAAAAGAAGCUCAUCUAACUUCAUUCUAUACUAUUAUAUAUUUUAGAAAAUUUGCUGUCUUGUGCUAUCUUUGGGGGGUAACUAUAGAGUGGACAUACCAUAUCAAAUAAAGAAACACAUGUUUUUUGUGCAUGAUAUUAU